AAUCAGUGUCUGUUCAGUUGCUCAAUCCACAUUUUCUAUAUAAAAUAAGAUCUCAGUGCUGGAAAAAUUAGUUUUGGUGAGCCUCAUCUAGAACACCUGAAAUCUCAGAGUAAGUGAAGACACAUUGAAAGAUGCUUCCAUUUCUGAUGCUCAGUGUUCUUCUUUUGGGAACAUGCCUGGCCAGUCCACAUGCUAUGGGUGUGAAUGACGAGAUCAACCAUUUGAAAGAAAGACUGGAUAAUCUGGAUAAAAAAGUUACCUAUUUCGGAAAUGCUUUUAUCACAGUGCACAGAGCUCGGUCUUUUGCAUCAGGCAGUGAAAAAUUAUACACCACCAAUAAUCAAGAAGGGAAUUUUGAGGUCGCAAAUGCCACUUGUAUCCAAGCUGGGGGUCAUAUUCCGUCUCCAAAGAAAGAAGGGGAGAACAAGGCCCUGCAGAGUGUCUUAGAACGUCGCAACAAAUCUGCUUUCAUCGUUGGCCACAAUUCAGCAGAUUUUGCUGCCUGGGCCCCUGGAGAGCCAAACAACUCUGAUGGAACAAAGAACUGUGGGGAAACUGACAAAGAUGGCAAGUGGCGUGCUGCAUCUUGUGAAGAGAAGCACUUGAUAGUUUGUGAAUUUUCAUUUGUCCCUUAACUUUGGUUGGGGUCUAAAACCACUGUGGUGUACUGGAGAGGGUGUUGGUUCAAAACCUCCAUUCAAUAUAUAUAUAUAUAUAUUUCUCCCCUCCAGCUCAUUGGAUGACUGUUAUUCUACCUAUCUUCUAAGGCUCUUAUAAUGAUAAAAUUGAAUAAUGCCUAUGUAUGCUUCCUUGAGUUUUUCAGUGAAAAAAAUGGCAUAUACAUUUUCUGAAUAAAUGCAUCAUUCUCA